AGCUCGUGUCAGAAAAGCAUUAAACUCUAGUGAAACGAGUGAAACUAACGAGGCAUUAAAUGAUUACUUUGUUCCGUGUUAUCGGAAUGGAGGAAAUAAACCUAAUGAAGUUGGAAGGAUUCACUCCUACAAUAAAGGUAGAGGAGCUAAUAAUAUCCGACGCUGUGGCUACAGAAGGGAAAAUCCCGUUCAUUAGCAGCAAUCGAUGUUCUGGUGAACCGACUGUAGGGAACGCCCCAAGUAAAUGUUUAACUAAUGUGAAACAAGAACCUGUGACGGACCUCACCGGUGAAGAUGAGACUACAGCAACUUGCGACGAAAUUGCCGCUUCUAGCUCCAGCAACUCGGACAGUUCUGAAAUACGUAAUACCGCUGUUGGAGAUCGUUCGCGAAAAAAGUACGCUUGUGAAUUUUGCAACAAGGAAUAUAGAACGAAAUGCAACUUGAAGGAUCAUACAAGAACUCACACCGAGGAACGACCUUUUGCGUGUGAUAUCUGCAGUGAAACAUUUCGCCAGCUGAAGGUUUGCGGUACCAUAAGAGUGCACAUGCAGGUGGCCGGAAUUUCGAGUGUAACAUAUGCCAGCGACGUUAUUCCCAAAAAUCACAUCUAAUGGCCCACAAAAAGACACACCGCGCAGAUUGUCCUCAUAAAUGUUCGGUUUGCAAUAAAGCAUUCGCAACUAGUUCUCAUCUCCAACGACAUAUGCACACUCACAGCGAUGUCCGAGCCUUCAAAUGCGACAUCUGUGAUGCAUCAUUCAAGAGGCGUGAUGUUCUGAGAAAUCAUAUGAAAAGCCACAAGGUCGAGCCCUCCCCAGGCAACACAGAAGGUUUGGACCCAAAUCAGGCUGGUAACAGCCGAAGCGAUGGUUCAACGAAAUACACCUGCGACAUAUGCGGCAAACAGUACAAACAAAUGAGACCACUUCAGUUACAUCUGAGGCUUCAUCAGAGCACCACUGUGAGACCUAAACAUAAAACCCAAAACAGAAAGCAGCACGAGUGUACGGUUUGUGGAAAAGGAAAUCCGAGCAGAGCAUUGCUCAUGAAGCACAUGCUUUGUCAUACUGAAGAACGGCCUUUCAAUUGCGAUAUUUGCGGUUCAUCAUACAAGUCGGCUUAUGAUGUGGAAGUCCAUAAGAAAAGGCACACCUCCGAGAGACCGUAUACAUGCGAAAUUUGCGGAAAAGGGUUUCUUGUUCCAUCCAGGCUGAUGCGGCACUUGUUUUGUCAUACUAAUGAACGGCCUUUUAAGUGCAAUAUUUGCGGUCUAUCAUUGAGGUGGGAACACAAUCUAAGAAAUCAUAAACUGAAGCAUAAUGCAAAGCAGGAGAGCUUUACAACCGAGCGAAAUCCUGUGGCGCACUCUGAAAAACAACUACUCAAUUGCGAUAUUUGCGGCUCAUCGUAUAAAACGCCUAUAAACUUGAAAAAACAUAGAGAAAAGCAUUCUUCGGAUAGCUUGCAUAAAUGCGAAAUAUGUGACAAACAAUUUCCAAUUGCUUACAAACUGAGGCAGCACAUGCUAUGUCAUACUAACGAGCGACCUUUCAAAUGCAAUAUUUGUAGUUCAUCGUUCAAGUCGAUUUACCAACUACAGGCUCAUGGAAAAACGCAUAAUUUGAAGCCGGAUCUUUGCUCGGAAGAACAACCUUUUAAGUGUGAUAUUUGUGGUGAUACAUACAAGACCAGUUCCGCGUUAAAGGUGCACGAGACAAAGCACCUAAGGCAAAAAUUAGUCAAAAGAGAAAAAUGACCAGUCGAUAUUGUUUUAGGCCGAUUCGUUACUGACAAAUUUUACGGGUAGAACUAACGAGGGAGUUUUGUUUAGUUCCUACCAUGCAACAUUAGGCCCUCGGGCAAAAGCUGUUCGUUAAGGUGAAUUGUUCUGGCCAUACACAGUUCUAUGUCGGGGUGGAACAUAAAGAGGAAUUUCCUGAAGUGAUCGGAAAAUAAAAUCACGAGCAAUAGAGAAUGAAAGUGAUGAUCCGGUGAAGCUUCAGGUCACCGACAUACAACUGCUUGGAAGAUGAUAUACGAGGACUGCCUUGUGGAACACAAGAGGUGAUUGAAAAAGACUCCGAACAAGUUGCAUGUAGCUUCACUAAAGCGCAUCGAGUGGUUAAGUACGAACGGAUCCAUUCAACCAGAUAAUAAGGAAGACCUAACGCUCGUAAUUUGUUGCAAUAAAUGGUCGAUUUAAAUGAAAAAAUCAUCUCUGUUUUUGUAAAGUG